GGCUCAAUGUAAAAUCAUGGUUGGAAGGACUCUUGGGUUGCUUCUGCUACGUCACAGGGCAACAUCUGGAUUGGAAUGGUGGAGGCUGCUUCGGAUAGGCUAAUUUUGAUAAGGCAUCUUGAGUUCUGUGCUGCUUGUCUCUCUUUCACUUUGGUGCAUGUGUGCGCGCAAAAUCGGAGGGUUCCCAGGCUGUCAUAAGAGCGUACAUCCUAGCAGCAGAGGAUGCAAACCAGCCGCAGCAGCAGUCAUUCGCAAUGAAGGUGCUGUCUCCGUGAAAUAUCCCAGCAGAUCAUGGCAGGGAUUAUGCCCGGUGCUAUAAGGCGAGCCUUGGUUUCUUCUGUGACUCUCCUCUUGCUUUGGCUGAGGCCGUUUCCAGCUCAGGCGUCGGGAGAGAAAGAGACAAGGAAUGUAGUACACUUCCAGGUGCACCAUGAAAUCACAGUACCUCAGUGGAGAGCAGAUGGGAGUGCUGGCAAUGACAAGCAUCCACCUAGAGCAGAAGUCAAUAUAACAGCUGAAGGAAGAAAUCUCAUCUUGGAUAUUGAGAAGAAUGAGCAACUCUUUGCACCAAGCUAUACUGAAACUCAUUAUACUAAGAGUGGAACACCCUACACCAUCACCUUAAACCACACAAAUCAUUGCUUUUAUCAUGGCGUAGUGAGAGGGAUGGAAGAUUCCAGUGUGGCACUCAGCACAUGCAGUGGUCUACGUGGCCUUAUAGUACUGAAUAGCAACCUCAGCUAUGUCUUGGAACCACUUCCUCAUAACCAGGAGCAACACUUAAUCUACAGAACUGAACAUUUCAAGUUUCCCAGGGGUACCUGUGGAUCCAAGCAGUCAGGCUCAGAGGCCAUAGAAUGGCUCACUGAGCUGACAGACCAAGCUGAGCCAAGCUAUCAUAGAGUAAAGAGGGAUGAUGAACAGUCUACUAAAUUUGUGGAACUUCUUCUAGUUGCUGAUUAUGCGGAGUUUCAGAAAAAUAAUCAUGAUCUUCAAGCAACAAAAAAUAAAUUGGUUGAGGCUGCUAAUUAUGUAGAUAAGUUUUACAAAUCCCUGAACAUACGGAUUGCUUUGGUGGGGCUCGAGGUCUGGAAUGACCACAAUAAGUGUGAAAUCUCUUCGAAUCCACAUUCAACUUUGUGGUCUUUUCUUGCUUGGAGGCGCAAACAGCUAUCGUAUAAAAAGCAUGACAAUGCCCAGCUGAUCACUGGGAUGGCUUUCCAUGGUACUACUAUUGGUUUGGCGCCCCUUAUGACCAUGUGUUCUGUCUACCAGUCUGGAGGAGUAAACAUGGAUCAUUCUGAUAAUGCCAUUGGAGUUGCAGCCACUAUGGCACAUGAGAUGGGACAUAACUUUGGCAUGAGCCAUGACUCAACUGGCUGUUGUACUGCAAGUGCUAAGGAUGGAGGAUGCAUUAUGGCUGCUGCAACAGGACACCCAUUCCCCAAGGUGUUCAAUUGGUGCAAUAAGAAGGAAUUAAACAGAUAUAUGCAGUCUGGUGGAGGGAUGUGCCUUUACAAUAUGCCAGAUACCAAGACCUUAUAUGGAGGACAGAGAUGUGGAAAUGGUUACCUGGAAGAAGGAGAAGAAUGUGAUUGUGGAGAAGCGGAGGAAUGUAAAAAUCCUUGUUGCAAUGCUGCUAAUUGCUCUCUGAAGCCUGGUGCUGAGUGUGCACAUGGAACUUGCUGUCACCAGUGUAAGUUGAUUUCUCCAGGGACUCUUUGCAGGCAGCAAUCUAGACCAUGUGAUCUACCAGAAUAUUGUACAGGCAAAUCCCCUUUCUGCCCUGCAAAUUUCUACCAAUUGGAUGGCACCCCAUGUGCAGGUGGGAGAGCCUAUUGCUAUAGUGGAAUGUGCCUCACAUAUGAACAGCAGUGCUUGCAGCUCUGGGGCAAUGGAGCACAGUCAGCCCCUGACCUCUGCUUUGAGAGGGUUAAUGCUGCUGGAGAUACCUAUGGGAACUGUGGGAAGGAUGUCAAUGGCAGAUACAAGAAGUGUGAUACAAGAGAUGCUAAGUGUGGGAAGAUCCAGUGUCAAAGCUCUGCAUCAAAGCCCUUGGAAUCCAAUGCUGUUGCAAUUGACACAACUAUCACAUUAAAUGGAAGACAAAUCCGCUGUCGUGGGACUCAUGUUUACAGAAAUGAAGAAGAGGGAGGAGAUAUUUUAGACCCAGGACUUGUGAUGGCAGGAACAAAGUGUGGUGACAGUCAUAUUUGCUUUGAGGGGCACUGUCGGAACACCUCCUUCUUAGAUACAGGAGACUGUGGGAAGAAGUGCAACGGCCAGGGAGUUUGCAACAAUAACCAGAAUUGCCAUUGCUUCAGUGGAUGGGCACCUCCAUUUUGCAAUAAACCUGGGAAUGGAGGAAGUCUGGAUAGUGGGCCCAUGCUUCAAGAAAGUCCAGUGCCAAUCAUUGCUGGAGUCCUCAUUUCUCUCUUGCUUUUGACUGCCAUUGGAAUUGCUUUUUGCUGCUAUAAAUGGAGAGCCAGGCUUGGACCACUAAAGUCGUCUAUCAUUCCUCCAAAGAACAUGCCUCAGUUCAGCAGCACUGCUCCUAUUCAGAAUGGUGUGAAUGGUCAUGCCAAUCCAGCCUUCAAGUUGAAAACCCCACAGGAACAUAGAAAGGUUAUUGGCUCACACAAUGUUCCUGCAAACCCUGAAGUGCUUUACUGCCAGACAGCUCCAGAGUUGAAACUCCAUGUCCAGGUAUCACCUGCUGUUCCAGAUAACAACACAAGGAGGCCUCCCAUUCUAGGGCACCAGAAUGAGGUGAAAAAAUUGGCAAAACGAAUUCCACCAAGCAGACCAGCACCUCCUGCUCCAAAAGUUGUCAUUCCGCAGGAUUCUUCCAGACUACAACCCCCUCAGAAAGCUCUUCCUGCCAAUCCCGUUUCUUCAAGCAACAGACCUGUAUUGCCUAAGAUGAAUGCAAGUGGAGUACAGCCACAUGUUGUGGCAAGGAAUCCAGGAAUCCAUCAGAAUUCAGUCAUCAAAAAUUCUGGACCAGUGGGUGCCUGGAAGAAGAAGGCAUGCUGGUCAUGUGCAAAUCUCAAAAUGCCCUCCCCAGAUUCAUAUGACUAUGGGGAAAAUUCCAGGCUUGGCUUUGGCAAAGUUAUCUCCUAUCCUUGGUAUACAUAGAUGCAACUUCUGUGGAAAUGGGUCAACAUUUCACCAGUGCAUGCCAAGGGUAAAUGUGACCUACUUUAUCUUUUGGAAUUUUUUUCAUUAUAGGAUUUACAGGGGCAGCACUGAAGUGGUUCAGUGAAAUUUACAAUAUGCUGAAAGAAGAGGGGAAGAGGCCUUGAUUUCCUUCCAAUAACUCUCUCAAUUGAAGAUGAGCUGACUUAAUACCAGUGCAUCCCUUUCAGUGGAUUUUUCAGAACUUUUGCAUACUUGAUUAGAACCUGAAAGAGGCCCCUGGAGAACAGAGGCCGUUUCCGC